UUUCAGUGUUGCUAUAGCAAAUCUCCAUGGCAAUGACCCUAAUCAGGGAAGGGGGGAUGCUAAGGGAACGCAUGCUCAGAGUGGCUGCUGGAGCCUCUCCUGCCCACUACAGCUGCUCCAAGGCUCUGGCACACGGGCGAAGGGAAGGAUCAGGCAGGGAAGACAAGCCUGAAUUAUUGAUGGAAGCAAUGGCGUUGCCGUCUGUCUGGAGUGCGGUGCGUGUGGCGAUCCUGUCCCUCUCGGUGGUCGGCCUGCUGGGCGUGAGGCUUGUGGGGGCUGGCCAGGACUCCGGGAGUGUCAUUCCUGCAGAAAGCCGGCCCUGUGUCGACUGCCAUGCGUUCGAGUUCAUGCAGAGGGCGUUGCAGGAUCUGAAGAAGACGGCGUAUAACCUAGACACGCGGACAGAAACCCUCCUCCUGAGAGCGGAAAAGAGAGGCCUGUGUGAUUGCUUUCACGCAAUACACUGAAAUGAGCACUGGGAUUUGGCCAAUGGACAUUUAUUCAUUUUUAAAAUGCUGUUCAAUAAAUUACAGGAAGAUACAGAGUGCAAAUUUUGCCACACCAAAAGGAAAACCAUUUUUAUCAAAACAGGUAUAGCUCAGUUGAAUCAUUUUUGCUUUAAUGUGGUUUAUCAUUACUGUAUCUGAUAUUGAAUCUGCUGAAAUGUCAACAGAAGAAACAGUGCCAAAGUCUCACUCACGGUUUUUAUGCAAGGAUAGUAUCCUGCUUUUUUGGUUUUUCAAGCCAAAAAUUUUCCUUGGACUCUCAGGCCAACUCCUUGACUCAUGUGGAUUGCCGUAGACCUGUGAAAGUCAGUGGAGUCAAAUUCUUUAAUGUAUUUAUGGAAGAAUAACAUGAAAAGGAAGCUACUUUGCCACGGUGCAUAGCUAAACAUUUACAAACAGUCAGACUUAGCUUUAUAUAGAAAUUAAUAGUUGUCAGUGAGUGGUUGGCAGUCCAAGGAAGGGAUUUGUUCCCAAUCGUAUCAAUAGUCCAGUGCAUGGCAAACACAGUAAUAUGCCUCACAAUUUUAAUUUCUUCAGAGCCACACAGUAGCUGUGAUCUUUUUGGAGAGAUUUAUUAAGUAUCUAAUGUGAUCAGUAACAUUUGUAAUCACAUGAAUACUGCCUGGCAAUUGAACUGAUUGUGUCUGCCAAAAUCUUCUGGAGAAGUGUCUUUCAUUAAGCAAAUCACAUGCUGGAUUGAACCACUCAAACUGGCCUCUACAGAGAGUUUUGGCAGAGAGCCUACACAAUGCCUGCCUGCCCAGGAGUCUCUUGCAAACUGUACUUUGGGAAUUAUUCAAAUUCUACCAAAAUGCUCCGUAGCUCUUGCAUGGACUCUACGCUCCAUCACGGUGGGUUACAGUGCUGAUGCUAUUAAUAUUCCUGCUGGAGUCAGUGUGAGACAAGAGAGAGCAAAACAAUUUAAGCAGUGUAAUAGUAGUAGAUGACAAGAUUGUGCCUUGUUACUCUUCAAAAAAGAAUAACAAGUCCUUUCUCAUUGUUUCCCUUUUUCCCUUUGCUUUUUGGAGGAGAGCAGGAAAUGGCCAAGUGGAAAGUUCUUAUUGGCAAUUAUAGAUUUUUGAUAGGGCUUAAUAUAACAUACCCAAAGUAAAGAUUUAUGUGUCUGCUCAAGCAUCAAUGUACAGGCUAGAAACUUUUAUACAGACACGACAAGAACGGUUUUCAAAGUCAUUUUGCUAAUUAUUAGUAUGUCUAUCUUCCCAUGAGUGGCUGAUAUUUUUGAUUUUUUCCUCUCAGCCUGAUCAUGCUAUCUGCAUGUUUCCAAACUUCUCUCCCAUUUUAUCUACAACAUUAGGCACAGGGAAAUAGGGAACUGUGAUCCACUGACAACGUAUUAUUUUGUGUGCAGUCAUACUCCAUAACACAGGAGUUUAUUACAACAUAAAGGAGUGUAUUACAACAUAAUUUGCCAAAGUUGUUUGAAAGGCAUGUGGUUUUCAGCUUCCUUGCACGUGGAUUUCAAAGAGAAAAUUUGCUUUGUCAUUCGUAGUAUUCUAGUAAAGCCUUUUGUAGGUCAUCAGGGGCUGGGCUGUGUACAAGAGAAUCAGCAUGACACAGCAACACAUCUCUUCUGGUGGCAUUGCACUCCACUGUGGCACUGACUGAUGGGAAGCAAUAGAGAUUCUUAUCAUAGACCAUAUUUUAUUGUACAAAUAAAACAAUAGAUUUAACACUUUUUUUUUUUUUUUUUUUGCAAAAUACCAACCUUACGUCACUUUACUCCCACUUAAAUUUGAGCCCAAGUAAUGCACAGCUUUUGAGUUGGCUUUUUGCAGGAGAUGGAGUUCCAGCACUGAACCUGUGAAUCUUCCAGCACAGCUCACCUUUUUUGGGAGGGCAGCAUGUCUGUGGUUUGGUAUUGCUGUUCUGCAUGUUUAUUCUGCUGGUACCCUAAAGAACCUUGCAAAGUCCUGUUAACAAGCACUGGGGGUUUUGUCUGUGUUUUUAUUUAGAAAAACGGUUGCUCACAGUUGAGUUUUCAUAUAUACAGCUUGUCACAAUAAAAAGGUGGAAAGAGUGUCAAGUGGAUGUUCUCGGACUUCCAAAGGGAUCAGAGUGACUCUGCAACUUUAUGGUUGUGACAGGAGUGGUUAUUCUGUAUGUACUCCUCUUUGUCUAUAAUACAAUACAAUAAAAGGGCAAGAUGCAUUAUAG